AUGGCCUGGGACAAGCACCAGCUAAGGUGUGAGCAAAAUGACUUGCCCAACCAGCCCGCCAAAGCUCCGGAAGUUCUUGAAGCUCCGCCCGCAAGCGCACCACGGCGACCCAAGGCCCUGACGGAUCCCGUGGGAGUCGUGGGAUCCAGCCAAGCAGCUCCAAGCACGUCCGCGAAGCGGAAGACCUUGAGGCUUCUAGUUGUGCGACAUGGUGAAAGCGCCAAUCGGACCACUAGCAACAAAUGUCCAGAUCCCGGGCUGUCGGAGAAGGGUCAUCGACAGGCCGCGGCUUUGGCUCAGCGGCUCCUAGAGUUUGAAAAGGAGGCCGCAGCGGGCCAUUUGCGCAUCCUUUGCAGUCCCAUGUUGCGAUGCCUGGAAACUAUUCGACCAGCCUUGGAGCUUCUGCCGGCCUUGCCACAUGGCAGCUGCAUCUGCCACGGCGCCUGCUAUGAACAUGGUUGCGCCGGACGUUCCUUUCCAGGAACGCCUGCUGAUGAGAUAGUGGAAAGGUUUCCUCAAUUCCUGGCCACAGGUUUUAGCGCUGAGGGCUGGGACUAUGGCGGCCAAAGCGACAAGGAAAGCUCCCAGGAAUGUGCAAUCCGGGCCAAGAGUGUCGUCCACAUGCUGCGUCAGAGCAUGGAGGAGCUAUGGGAGUCCAGCAAUGGCAGUUCUCCUGUUUUGAUUCUAAUGGGCCAUCAGACUCUGGGAGAUCUUCUGCUGCAUUUGCUGCUGGAGGGUGACUGCAAAGAGUGGCAAUAUGGAACUCCGAAGUACAAGUUAAAAAAUGCCUCCAUCUCUGAGCUGCAUGUGAAUCCCAAUGGCCAGGUCACUGCCAAGGACAUUAGCUCGGACUACCACGUGUCAGGCAUCCGCUGA